UGUAAUCUGCGCAUGAGAGCGUUAAAAAAUUCUAUGCGAACAUCGUUGUAGAAAGAUGUCAAAAGAAAUUGUCAAAACUGUACACUGCUAUCCAAUAUGUAAUCCGAAUACAUUCAUUAAUUACGCGCUUACCGAAAGCCUGGAUACUCUGCCUGUGUGCGAGGAGAAGCUACUCUCUUUUACUGCUCCCCCAAUUCAAUCGUGGUCCAUUGUGUCCUGCUUUAUGGAGUUGCCGGUUACGGUCAAAGAGGAACUUGCUGUCAAGGACGCGUAUUCUCUAUUAAGGGCAUGGACAUCAUCUGUGACAAUGAAACGUCUAUUAUGUACCAGCUCUGCAAUCAAUGGUUUAGCUAUCUGGGUCAAGAGAGUGUUGCCCUGGGGUCAGUACUACGCAUAUAUCCAACAACAAUGAGCCUGGGGCUUCAGAGGAAGUUAAGGAUAAUAUCCUCUACAAGAAGGUUUCUGAACCGGAUUAGCUGUCUUGGAUUACAGGAAUUGAAGUUUCAUUAU